AUGAUUCGUGAGGCUCGGAUGACCGGCACAGAAGACAGCACAACGGUCUCGUUUUUCUCUCGACCGGGGUUGCCGGGGAGAAUAGGACAUGGAGUGAAUGAAGAGGAUUGGAGCGUGAGCAACACCAUUCCUCAUCCUGACGUCGUUGUCUGGGCUAAGGGUCUACUUCACGAGCGGCUCGAGGCGGUGUGUGCAGGAUACGCGCUGCACCAGCUCUUAUCGUCCAAGCUCUCCCCCGCAGUUCCCAGCAGCUCCUCACAAGAAUCGCAAGAUUCGCAACAUCCACAGCAACAGCAGCAAUCACAGGAAGCGCAACAAGCGCCGUUACGGCUGGCUGUGCUAUGGCUGCCGGACGCAGGCAUGCCGCACGCCACACUGAACCACGUGCUGGGGCCUCUGCCUCGCCCUAGCGUGCUCUCCUACCCGCAAGGCGCUCAGCAGCAAAACGAGGGUCAACGGCAGCAGCAGCAGCAGCAGCAGCAGAAGGAAGCGUCUUCCGGUGCAGCUGACUCGGCUGAUGAGACUCUGGUGCUCCUGCAUCACCCAAGUUGGCUCAACUCGCCGCUCUACACCUACGGGAUCCUCAACUCGAAGCUCCCUCAACCAAAAUCCCAAGAGCAGAUGCAGCAGCAGCAAGAGCAAGAGACUGGAAAUUCUUCCUCCUCUUCCUCGUCAUCCUCGCCCUCCUCCUCGUCCUCCCACCCUUCUCGCCGCCUGCACGUCAACUUCUUCCUCUCCGCCUCCCUCCCUCCCAUGGCCUCCGCCCUUGCUGACGUGGACGGCUCCCAGCUCCACACUUCCCUGCAGCGCUGCUACAGCCUGCUACAGCCGUCCACAGCAGUGCAGGAGCUGAUAGCCAAGGAGAACAUGACACGUGUCCAGCAGAGCACAGCUGUGUACGUGGAGCCAAUCUCUCUCUCCCUCCCCUCCUCCUACCCUUGCUCUAGCUGUGACCCUAAAAUCGCGGUUAACUGCACUACACGCCGCCUCAUGUGGUUUUUUCUCGGGCAGCCCGAAGGCGAUGCUACAGUCGUGGGUUUCUGGCCGUCUCAGGCUGUAGCCGUGGCAGAAACUUUCCACGAGAACCGUCAGCCGCAUUUGCUAGAAUCCACGCGACGCCGUGCUCAGCAAUGCGAAGGCGGUAACCGCAACGCCAACGGUAAUCGCAUGGGGGGUGGUAACCACAUGGGGAAUGGUAACCGUAUUGGGGGUGGGUACGUAGCUCCGCCUAUUAUCCCCCCCGGGCUGACUGUGAGGCAGCAGACGGCUAAGUGGAUGUGGUGGCUUGGACUGGCGGACGGCAGAGAUUACUACACCGCGGGUACAGGGGGGUUGGGAGGAGGGGCACGAGGGGAAGUGGGAGGGAAAGUGGGAGUGGAAAAGGGGAGAGGAGGGGCGAACGGGACAGGGGAGUCGGCUGGUGGCACGAGGCGGCUGCUUUUGUCUGAUGGUGUAGAGGGCGGUAGCAGUAGCAGUUGGAGGAGGCGUAGGCUGGAAGGGCUCAUUCACCUGCAGCACUCCCCCCAGGCGGACCUCAUCCGCGCCCAGGCCUCCGCCAAAGGCAGCUUCCCCCGCAUGCGCGAUGUGUUGGUGGCGCCAGAGAGCUUCCCCCGGGGGGAAGUGCCACCAGGGAUAGGGGGGGAUAGGGGGGGUGCGGGGAACGAGGGAGAAGAGGGGAGAGUGUUUGAGGAGGAGAGGGGGCUGUGUGAUGCGCCGAAGAUACUUCCUGUGACAGAGCACCGCAUUGGCAGGCAACUCAUUGUGGAUGAGGACGUGGGCAUGGUGUAUUGCUAUGUGCAGAAGGCAGGGUGCACGAGCUGGAAGUUCUGGCUGCGGGAGCAGCACCACCACCCCUUCCCCAAGUCCUUCCUCUCCGCCCACACCGCCCAUUUCACCAACGUCACUGCCGUCUGGUACUCCUUAACCGAGCCACAAGCCAUACGCUCCCUCACCCGCCGGGACUUCACUCGCUUCGUCUUCCUCCGAAACCCAUACACCCGCGUUCUGUCGGCGUAUCUAGACAAGAUGCUUCGUGGGGGCGGUCCGGACGAUCUCGGGGCAGGGUUCUGGGCGCAGGCUUUUUUCGGGCAGCUGGUCACGCACUCUUUAUGGGAUGUUGUGACGUUUCGGUCGGGGCCGGGAACUGCCCGGCUGCGGAGCAUUUGGGAGGUGAUUCAGCUGCGAACGGGGUUUCGAAUCACGUUUGAUGAAUUUGUGGAUUUUCUGGGAGAGGCGUGGGAGAUAGAGAGUCGAUUCCACCUAGAUGUGCACAUAGUGCCGCAGACUCUACUAUGUGCGUUGGACCGGAUAAAGUAUGACUUUGUGGGGAGGUUUGAGAACAUGGAUGAGGAUGUGAUGACACUGAUGCGGCGGUUUGGAAGGGAGCCUGGCGACGCGUUCAGCUUCGGGAAGAAGCUCCAGAAGACCAAGUCCCGGGGGCGCUUGAGCGAUGCGUUUGCCAAUAAGGUACGCCGUUGGCCCUAA